AUGACGGUACCAAGCUCGAUGUCUAAUUCCGCUUCUGCUUCUGCUUCUAAUUCUGCGUCCAAUUCAUUGUCCUCUCCCCAUGCAAAAAAUCAUCGGUUUGCCUCUGUCUAUCAGACCAACGAUAGGCCACUAAGCGAGGAGGCUAUCUACAAAGCUAGACAGAGGUACGGUAUGUUUCAAAGCCCUGCUAAAGUUGGUUUAGGUGUGGAUGCAUAUGCCUCGGAUACUGCUGCCCUAUUGGCUGCUAGCUCUGACUUGUCUAUUCAUCCUUAUAAGCCCAGUCUCUCUGCUGACGCUGCCACUGCUGCUUUGUAUGCCAAUACCGAUUCGUCGCCUAUUGCGUGGAAGCGUAACAAUGUUGACCCGAAUGCAGAAUAUGCUGCCAUUUCUGCCAAAUCGCAGAGCUCGCAGUCCGAGGACGUUACCGAUUCUAGCGACUCUGGUGAACCUCAGAAGAAAGCCGCAUACGCUUCUCUUUACAGACGUGAUCAUGGCUUUCCGGUAAGAUCCUCAUCUCAAGCCGGUAACAACAUAUCAGCACCAGCUACUCCGGCUUUUAGCAUCUCCUCAAUUACUAAAGUUGCCAGAGAAAGUGCUGCCAGGUCGAUCAAUUCCAGGAUGAAUCCUCCAGUAUCGUCCACCGAUGCCAUAGUGUCCCCCGGACGAUCGAACCGACAUGCCAUGACGAUCUCUUCUAGUUCUUCUGCUACCGGCACCAUCAACUUGGCCCACAUCACCUCAUUGGCGCAGGCUUCUGCCACACGGGAAAUCGAUUUGCGGUUGAGAGACCGGAAGACUGGCCAUGGAAUUCCUACAGCUAGUGAUACAGCCAGUAAUAACAGUCUUCUUGCCAGUAGAUGUGCCACGGCCUCUAAAACCACGGGCGUUCUGCCAGAUUAUGCCGUAAGUGAACGUGAGACUUUAAAGCGUAACACUUUAGUCAACAAGGUCGUUUUGGCAACAGCUUUCAAGAGAGCCAGUGAUACCAUGAAACAGAUUGAUAAUAAUAUCAUAUCAAAGGGAGUAUUCUCCAAUAAGGAGUUGAACCAAAAGGCGUUGCAAGUUGCCCAGGAAAGGGCCAAUAAAGUGGCAGAAGAUCCUGCCAACGAUUCCUCGAAGAUUAACCUUGGAGGAGGAUUGUUUAUGAGUUUUGCAGCAAUCAAUGCUUUGGCUGCUUCGGUUGUUCAACCUGCAUUGAGGGAGAUUGAUUCCAAGGCUAAGUUGCAGAGAGAAGUUGAUCAGCACGACUUAGUGGUUAGCGGAAACAUCAAGCAGAGAAAGAUUGAGCAUAAGAAAGAGUUGAAAGUUGCCAAAGAAGCUGAUAAGCAAAUGCUUGCCGCAGAAGUUGAGGAACGUCGUGUUCAACUGGAGGGAGAUAAGGAAGGACUCAGAGGAGAGCAAGAAGAGUUAUUGAAGCAGCACAGCGAGGAGGUUGCUGCUAAGGAAACCGAAUUUGAUGAACAGGUUAAGCAUGAAGAAGAAGAGAAGCAGCAGAUUGAUGGAGAGAGAGAAGAGAAAUUGCAAGCGUUGAAUGAUACUAAGGCCGAAAAAGAUGGAGUUCGUGAGUCUGAGAUUUCUGAGAUCAAAGAGAAAAGAGACCAUGAAUUGGCCCCUAUUGAGGAAGAGUUGGGGCAAGAGAAGGAGAAAUUGGCUGAAUUGACCAAGGUAAGAGAGGAAAAAGAGGCGUUUUACAACGAACAUAGGUCGCGUGUGGAUAUAGCUACUACACAACUAGAGAGGACAGAGUAUCAACUCAGCAAGCUUAAAGAGCAAUUGGAAAUAACCGAAAAGGAUAGUGGAGAAGCUUCGACACAGGCUGCCAAAGAAGUUGAGGAAGCAUCAGAACUAGGUAAAUCGAGUGAAAAGACAAUUGCGGAAAAGAAGGAGUCUUUGGAAUCAAUGAGGAGAGAAAGAAGUGAGUUGGAAGGCCAGAUCGAAGAACUUGAUGGUAAGAGAAGAGAGGUUUUAGGUGGAGUCAAUUCUACAGUGAGGGAGAAUCAUAAGGAAGCGGGUGAGAUUAACAGUAUUCUACCGGAUCACCUGAAAAAAGAGGUUCCAAAGCUAAAGGAAGAAAAGGAUAAGAUUGAUUUGUCCAAAUUUACAGUGGAUGACAGUGCAAUUAAAGAACCUGCUGAAGUUAAGCCCGAGCCGGAAGAUAUCCCAGACAAGAUUUGGAAUGAAGAAGAUGAUAAAAUUGCUAAGGAGAAGGCUGCCAAGGAGAAGGCUGCUAAAGAAAAGGCUGUUAAGGACAAGAAGGAAGCCACAAGGGCAGCUUCAGAAGCCUCAAAGGAGGCCAAUUCGAAGAAGAGAAGCGGCAACUUGUUUAGCAAUGGAUUCAAAAAGGUGAAAGAAGCACCGAAAAAGGCCGGAUUCGGUAAGAAGCUUGUCAACUUAUUCAAUGAGCCUGCUCCGUUAGCGCACAAGAAGGCCACCGCCACGUUGAAGGACGAUACAAUCGACGAUAACUUUUCAGGAUUCUCGCAGGAUUUUGUGAAUGAUAAGAAGAAUUAG